AUGGUAAACUCGUACGAAUCCGUAAAGCAGCAAGCGCAAUCAAUAAGUCUGCCAGGUACAAGCUUCUCUACCGAACCGGACUACGGAUCUUCGUCGAAUGUCAACAAGAUUCAACAGCUAUCACGAACCGAAUGCACUCGAUGUGGUCGGAUUGGUCACAUGGCAAACGAUUUUAAAUGCCCAGCACGAUCCAGGGAAUGUAUCAAAUGCAAACGUAUUGGGCAUUUUGCCGCACAAUGUCGAUCGAUCCCGGCAACUAAGCGCAAACAGUUCUCUAAGGCUGAAUCGAGAUGGCCGAAUAAAAGGUUUAAAUCGGAGCAAGUAAACAAGAUUGACACCGAUGGUGCCAAGGAAGAAACUACCUUCUUGUUCAGUAUCAGCGACGGAGGCGAAACAAUUCAGAUCAAGCUUGGAGGAGUUGUAUUGCAGGUACUGAUAGAUUCUGGGUGUAAGAAAAACAUUGUCGAUGAGCGCUCUUGGAACUACAUCAAAGCGAACGGAGCGAAAAUAUGGAACCAAAGAAAGAAUUGUGAUGAAAUAUUUCUACCAUACGGGGAAAAUGCGAAACCGUUGACUCUUUUGGGAAGGUUCGAUGCGACGGUUUCCAUAGCCGACGGAGCGAAAAUUUUAGAACUGGUCUCUACAUUCUAUGUGGUCAAGGGUGGUCAGCAAUGUUUAUUAGGCCGCAUCACAGCCACAGAUUUGGGCGUGUUGUUUAUCGGGUUGCCGAGCACUCACGGAAUCAACGCAAUCAUUAAUACCGGAGCUCAUCCGUUCCCUAAAAUUAAAGGUAUUCAGGUAAAAAUACCAAUCGAUGAAUCUGUUCCGCCUGUUUGCCAACAACCAAGGCGGCCUCCUAUCGCGCUCAUGGUAAAAAUUGAAGAUAAGAUAAACUCUCUGCUUGCUAAUGAUAUUAUUGAGACAGUUGAAGGCGGCUGUCAGUGGGUCUCUCCGUUGGUAACCGUAGUGAAGGACAAUGGGGAUCUACGCUUAUGCGUGGAUAUGCGCAGAGCGAAUGCAGCAAUCAUUCGUGAACGACAUAUUAUGCCAACGAUAGAAGAUUUUCUACCAAGAUUUACGUCUUCAAAGUGGUUUAGCCGGCUUGAUGUAAAGGAGGCGUUCCAUCAAGUGGAACUUGAGGCUGAAAGUCGUUACAUAACCACAUUCAUAACACACAUGGGCCUAUUUCGCUACAAGCGUUUAAUGUAUGGUAUUGCUUGUGCUCCGGAAUUAUUCCAGAGAAUCCUUGAACAAAUUUUGAGUCCGUUUAGCAAGAACGUGGUCAAUUUUAUAGAUGACGUUCUUAUUUUUGCCAACACUGAGGUGGAGCAUGAUGAAGUACUCAAAGCAGUGCUGUCGACACUGAAUGAAUAUGGCAUACUGCCCAGUUCCAGAGCUGGAAUUCUUAGGACACGUCCUAUCUGCAGAUGGUAUUCAACCGUCAAAUAG